UGGGACAGCUGUUGAAACAUGAUUGGGUGGAGGAGAGGCUUGGUCUUUCGACCUUCUCUGGUUCUCUCUCUCUCAAAUCCUCGACGACGGCGAAAGCUCUUCUCUCUCGACGUCAUGCUCGUCCUAUCUCCCAAUUCCAUCGUCUGCCUCUCCGUCAUGUCUCUCGGCGCCGUCAUCACCACCGCGGAGGCGUAGGAGCUUCUGUGGAUACGAUGAAGGAGAGUCGGAGAUACGGUGCAGCCGGGAUGUUGAGCCAGAGUGGAAGCGAGGAUUGUGGUGGCAUGGUGGUUGAUUGGUUGCUGGAGACGGUGGCUAUCCACGCGCUGUUGAAUUGCAAAGAGGGAAGAAGCUGUCAAAGAGAAGGUGCAAGAUUUGGUUUUACGCUGGAUGAAGAACUAAAACAAGAUGCUUCAAGCGAGGAAGUUAGGGUAGCUCUUGGUGAAAAAAUUAGCAGAGAGCGGAUUGGGAAUGAAAUUGAUUUGAUGAUAUCUGGGAAUGGGCCAGUUUCAGCAGUAACGUAUCUUUCUGAUCUGAAACUGUUUGGGGUUGUAUUUGCGUUUCCCUCUUCAUCGGAGCCUGCACCAUCAGAGGAUUGUGGCAGUCUCUGUAAAGCGUACUUGGAAGCAAUGUGGAGCCUCAUUCAAACACCUGAGCUAGCAAAGUUCAAUGGUGAACAAAGAAGACUUGCUCUGUAUGCGGCUCUGUUUCUCCCCUUUAGGAAAACCGUUUACAAAGACAAUAAGGGCAAAUUGAUCCCUGAUGUCAACCAUAUAUUCAAAUUCUCCUUGAAGCGGAAGACCAGUGAUGCUGAAACGAUUAUUAAUAUACAUCGUACCACCGAGAGAUUCCUAUCGUUGAUUCAUUCCCUUGAGUCGAAGAGUGGCGCACAACUAGACAACCUUGAUUGGGCCACUGAUAUUCUUGAGCACUGGAAGUCCAUCUCCCUUGAUGAUCCAGAGAUCCCAGAAACUUCAAAAAUAAGAGUACUCACAUGUAUUCCUCUAUAGCCUAUGUUAUUGCAUUUCACUCACCUUUAUAAAAUCCACGCAUUUUUUUGUUCUUUGUUCUAUGGAAAGAUUAGAAACUUGUGUUGAAAUGUCAAUAGUCAAGUUCUAACCUGGUGCAGCAUCAACGUCCAUUACAAAAAGUUGUAUUAUCAGAAACUUGUAUAAAUAAUAUGGAUAAUGA